CACGGAGAACACAGCAGACACGACUUGAGAACCAGAAUCUGAACAGUGACCGAGUGGGACGAUGGAAAACCGCACUGCGCCGUUGUAGACAUUGAAUUAUUUGAAAAAACAAAACAAAAAACCCGGAUACCCAGAAGACAGGGAAAACAGCAGCUCAGACCGGCCUCUCAGAUGAGAUGGCGGUGAGGCAGAGGCUUUUCAAUUCGACCGCACCGUUCUCCGGGUCACCCCAAGCCAAGUUGAAGGGAUCUUACCAAAGCUGCCCCAGCCCAGACCAGGGGACAGAGGAGGAGAGGGAGGAGGGGAAGGAAAGUAAAAUGGACUUCAUGACAUGUUAUCCUAUUCUAAAUAAAUACCUGACGCAGGGGACUGCAGAGCAAGUGGGUGAAGAACCGCUGAAAAACUCAACGUUUAUUGCGCAGGCGGAAUGUGAAACGCAGGACUCCCAAGAGUUUAGCCCUUCCUGUCUGGAACGCUCCUAUGUCCUCUCCCCGAACUGCUUCACUAGCAGGUUGUCCUCAGAGCACAACAACGUGGCAUGCCCGACAACAGCCUCAGUCCAGGAACCCAACGGCUCCCUAAUGCCGCCAGCCCCGAAGAAGAAGGCUCGUAAGAAACAAAAACGCAAGGAGAAGAAGAAGGAGGAGAAGAAGUUACGGCAGCGACAGAGGCAUCGAGUACCUUCUGGGGUCCCUGAACAAGAGAGCGGCAGAUCUACAGUCCAAAUCCAGGAGGCAGUGUCCGAGUGUAUCAGCAAUUCUUCCUGCAGCGGCAGUGUUGAGAGUUCAGAAGUGCUGGACACAGGCCCUCCUCUCUCCUAUGUUGGACAGAUCUACUGUAGGGGCCCUGGCUGCCCAACCCUGGGCUGGGGUGACCAGGUCUGCGACCCCCUCUCCGAUCUUUCUUCCUACGGGUCGGAUAGCAACACAGACUCCUCCCUCAGCAGUGGGGGAGACUACACACUGGCUCUCGCUGGGCUCAGGGGAAGCGUGAGCCAGGGUGAUCCGUGCUACGCGGGCCCCUUUUUCAAAGAUGUUGAGCGAGAUGUGUGGGAGGAUGAAGAGGAGCUCUCACAGUCUGAUUCUGUCAUCAAUGAGGGUAUCAUCUUUUACAAUGAGAAAAUUCAGCCGGUGGAUUCUGAAUACAGGGAGGGGCGGGAGUACAUCCUCUCUCAGUUUAUCAAGGAAGGCUCGUACGGUGAAGUGCACAGUGCUCGAGAUGUCAACACAGGCUUCAGAUUCGCAGUGAAAAAGAUACCUUUAAAGAGUUUCAGCAGUGAGGAGGUGGGUGCGUGGAGUGCCCUCAAGUCUCCUCGUGUGGUGGAACUCUUUGGAGUGGUCAGAGAGGGGUCUUACGUCAUCCUACUUAUGGACUGCAAAUAUGGCUCCCUGGGUCAGUUGAUAGUGGAAAGGGGCCGGCUGCCUGAGGACCUGACUCUCCAUUACCACUGGCAAGUCACGGGAGCGCUAGAAUACUUGGUGAAGAGAAGAGUGGUACACCUAGAUAUAAAGGCUGAUAAUGUGUUGCUGUCAGAGGAUGGUAGAGACACCUUCCUGUGUGACUUCGGACAUGCAGAGAGACUUGACAGUCAAGGACUGAGCCUCAGUGGGUCUAAAGAUAUGAAAGGCACAGAGACCCACAUGGCCCCCGAAAUUGUUAAAGUGCAACCCCGUGGAGCCAAAGCAGAUGUGUGGAGCAGCUGCUGUAUGUUACUGCACAUGCUCAAUGGGUGUCAGCCUUGGACACGGUACUACACCUGUAGACUCUACCUUAAGAUUGCCAAUGAUCCUCCACCUCUGAGAGAGAUCCCACCUGACUGUAGUCCUCUCACAGCUGACGUUAUAAAAGCAGGUCUUCAGAAGGACCCCGUCAAGAGAGCGUCUGCGUCCGACCUCAAGCAAAGGACUGCCAAAGCUCUGAGUGAGGUGGGGGGGCUCACUAGCUCCAUCAGAGGACCCUACAGAGAUCCCCUGCCUCUCAUUGACAAACAUCCUCCCUGCUCCCAGCUGCAGUGCGCUAGCAGAGCCAACUCUGAGGAAGAACAACAGUCAAAGUUUGGAGGAAAAUUUAACUCAGGGAAGGGGAGUAAGAUCCCAGAGGAAGAGGAAGAGGUGGUAGUGGUGGAGGAUAAAAAUAUCAAAAAUAAUUCUGAACAAAGCUCACCAAUCAGUCUACAAAUGCUCAUCCUUGAGGGACCCAACCACAAGGCUGGCAACAUCAGCACCGCCGUUUCUGAACUUGAACUGCGCAAACUUGAGCGAGAUUUCUACCUGAGCAGCCUGUCUCAGCUACACUCAGCUGAGAUGCAGGAACAGCUCCUGUCAUGUCUCAGCAGUGACUGUUAUACCACCUGGGAACCAUGGGACAAAAAGGACUCAGGUCGUUGGUCCAUCAGCCCAGGAGAUGACCUCAGUUCUGGUGUGUUCUCCUAUAACAGUCAGCCAGACGGACAAUUGUUCAGCAUGGACUGGCUGGGUCACACACAGCUCCCACCACCCUGCUGUUUUGAGGGCGUGGAUGUUUGCAUCAGAGACUUCAACAGGAAAAGCAUCCGUAUCAGAGAGACUCGCCGGGUCAAGGUGGGCCACAUCGCCACCGGAAUCAGUGACCAGAUCUCUGAGAGGGUGUUUACCUUGAAGACCCAAGAGGGCCAGCAGGUGGCUCAUGAUGCCGAGGUACAGGAGUCAGGGCUGCAGUUGUGCUGUGUGUCGGCGCCUGACUUUAGCCCCUCCUGGAGGUGGAGGAUCAGAGACGGAGUACUGGAAACCAGAUAGAGCCAACAGCUGUCACAUCUAUCUGCCCCAAUAUUCCCUACCAUGGAGCCAUGAUACCUGCUGUAUGCUAUACUAUGGUUGAUAUUUGCUUCAAAAUCCUUUUGUGGUCAUUGUAUUUCUAUUGAGUUACCAUGUUUUUAUCAGGAAAAUACCUCUCAAAUCUUCUUUAUGCAUGCUCAGUAAUCAAGGUAGGAAAAUCCAGGCAUGAUUAACAAAAUUUAGACCUCUUCAGUCUCCUGAAGAGGUCACUUAGAUUGAUGAAACGUUUCUCUCUCAAUAAAUGAGUCUAGAUGAACUGAUACAACUUUCUGUGAUCUCUCAAAUCUAUUUUUAAUGUGCCUGUUUAUUUUAACUUUGGGGUUGCUGAGUAGUUAGCUGUAGCACAUAAAACCUCUUUAAAGCACUGAGCUUAUGUAACCACGUGGUUGUUUACAUCUGCCUCCGGGUUGAAGCGUUCUUGAUGUGAACUCAUUAAAAAGAUAAACUGGACUAUGUUGCUGAACAGAUAGUUACUGACUACUCUAGUUAAGCUGAAUAAAUCUCAACAGCCUGUUGCAUUAAGCUGUUGUGUUCGGUAAUUCUGAUAAGAGUCUACUUUUUUUUUUUUCUUCCCCGUUUUUCUCCCCAAUUGUACCCGGUCAAUUAACCCACUCUUCUGAGUCGCGCCGGUCACUGCUCCACCCCCUCUGCUGAUCCGCGGAGGUAUCCAGACUACCACGUCUCCUCCGAUACAUGUGGAGUUGCCAGCCCGCUUCUUUUCACCUGACAGUGAAGUGUUUCACCAGGGGGAUGUAGCACAUGGGAGGAUCACGCAAUCCCCCCCCCCCCCAGUUCCCCCUCACGACUGACCAGAGGAGGUGCUAGUGCGGCAACCAGGACACAUACCCACAUUCGGCUUCCCACCCGCAGACACGGCCAAUUGUCUCUGUGGGGACCCCUGACAAAGCCGGCGGUAACAUGGGGAUUCGAACCAGAGACCCCUGUGUUGGUAGGCAACGGAAUGGAGCGCUACACUACCAAGAUGCCCAACGUCUUCCUUAUUUGAGAUUUGUCUGUCAUCUUUCUUCCUGCUUAACAACUGCUCACAUUUUGCGAAUGACCAGAACAGUGGUGAGUACUCCUGCCAAGAACACCCCAACAGUUUGCCAAGUGGGAGUA